UUUGCAGACGUUCCCGCAAGAAUUUGCACCGUUACAAUCGACUGGUUCAUUGUGUGUAUAUGUAUUUCACUUGAGUAACUGGACAUUACCACGCACACAGCCGGACAUUGCGGUCACAUAUUUUGUUGUGUCACGUUAGGCCGUCAAUGUUAUCUUGUAUUUACGAACAUUGGAAAACGUUGCGCCUGUAUUUAAUUAGUAUUAAAAAAUCGCAAUUAAAAUGAUAUGGAAAAUGUACGAGUAUGCUCCAGAGUGAGAUUAGUACAUCACAUGGAAGAAGAAGAAGAGUUGCGUACGUUUAUUGAGUUUCAAUGAUUACAUGACAAGAGGGAAAAUGCAUCGUUUUAUUAUGUGUCUAUAUUUUGUGAGAAAUAAAUGUUUACAAUAUGGUGAUACCAAAUGGGUGAGACGCAUCACAAUUUCUUUAAUCAAAUCUUCCGAGGACGCGUCACCAAAGUUAAUGUUCGCGUGCUUAUUCUUUACAGUGGGCCGGUUUAGUCUGGGACCAGUUUAACUUGGGAUGGAUUAAAGGUGCCUUUUCACAGAUUUUGGCAUAUUUUAAAGUUUGUCAUUAAAUGCUUUAUAUUGAUUAAUGUACACAUUAAAUUUUAAAAGCUCCAGAAAAAAAAUCAAAAAUAAAAUAAAAUAAAGGAAAAAAAGUAGCCCGCUGCCUGCAGCAGGGCUCGAACCAGUGACCCCCGGAAUCCUGAAGUAAAAACGCAUUAGCCGACUGAUGUAUCCUUCCAAGCAUACAUGAAUUGCGUAUUUUAUACGUUAUAUAAGCAAUCUUCGUAGUUUCACAAAUUUAAACGACAACAACAGAACUCUCCAAAUUAUUCAAUCGUUUCGCGUUGCAAUUCUUUAUAUUUUUUAGGCUUUUAAAUCGUCAAAAGAUGCAUAGAUUCUAUACAGGCUAUAUUAGACCAUGGCAAAUGUUCAGUAAUACUGCGAAUCUGAAACAACUUUUUUCAAUUUUGUCAAUUUACCAAACCGUGAAAAAGAUCCCUUAAAGCAAAAUUCAAGACAGUUACUUCCCCUAUAAACAAUUGUUUUGGGCGCGAAAAUUUAUUCACAGAACCUACAAGUUACAUUCAACGAAAUGACGAACUCAAAUGAUGUUGAUUCCGACGAUUCCUUAUCGGAACGAGAAGACACUGACUCUUCGAUAAAUUGGUCCGACUUUGAGUUGCAACCGGAGUCAGAGUCGACGGACAAUGAAGAUAAUUCGGAAAAAAAUGAGGUGGACAGAGAAUGGAGCUCAACAUUUUCUCCUUUGCAGAUAAAUGAAUUUACACAAAAACCGGGGCCAAAUCUGCCAGCAACAUUUGACGUGAACCUCGCCCAACCAUUGGAUUAUUUUUACCUCCUUUUUCACCCCACCAUGUUCAGUGAUAUGGCGAGACAUACUAACAGCUAUGCAGCCUGGCAAAUGCAGAUUAAAGAGCAAGGAGACAAAAGAUGGGAGGAAACAUCAGAAUCAGAUAUUAAAACCUUUAUAGGGCUUCUCAUGAUGAUAGGUGCUUCCCCUGAGCCAAGAGUAUUCUGGAGUGAAGAACCCAUGUUUGGAAGCCCAGGAAUAAAACGUACAAUGAGUUUGAGUCGUUUCAAGCAAUUGAUUAAGUACUUUCAGGCCUCUGACAGAAAUGCCCAGCCUCUGCAUGGGUCUGACCAGUAUGACUGGCUGUACAAAAUACGACCAGUGUUGGAUCAUGUAUCGGAGACCUUUCAGAACUGCUUUAAUUACGUUAGGUAGACAAGUUGCACUUGAUGAGGCCGUGGUUAGUUCAUCAUGGAAUCAAAACUGGCCCUUAGGAAGGGACAAAGGAUGUUUAAAAAUGUACAUGCUUUGCGAUUCCAAAACUGCAUACAUGUCAAAGUUGAAGGUUUGUUUUAAUUCAGAAAAGUGCAGUAAACACAUGACUCCUUAUGACAUUACCAGAGAAUUGACUGAAAGCAUUCGUCAAACAAACCGUCAGAUCUGCACUGGGAAGUUUUUCACCAGUGUUUCACUGGCAGAAAAGCUGUUGGACAAUGGACUCUACUUGUGUGGUAUUGCAAACAAGAAUACAAAGGGUUUUCCACAAGUUUUAAAGUUGAAGCAUCAAGAUUUACCCAAACCAAUUGACUCUCGAGUUCUUCAAUUAAGCAAUUCGAACAUCACUGCCUCAGUUUGGAAAGAACACAGGAGCGUGGCAUAUCACAUCAGUACUCUUGUUGAUCCUGCAGUAUUCAAGUCUGGGGACAAUGAAAUAAUGAAUCCUGCGCAGAAACAGUAUGUGCAUGACUUUAGCCACGCCAUAGCCUGCAUUGACAUUAAUGAUGACCAGAGGCUUAGUCAUGACAUUGGACGCCACGCUAAAACAUGGUGGACCAAACUCUUCUGGUUCAUUAUGAAUAGUGCCCUCAACAACACCUACAUCAUCUACAAGACAGCAAGACAUGCACAGGGUGGAAAGUGUUUGAAGCGAAUUGAUUUCAGGCAAAAAAUUGCUAAAAGUUUGAUUGGUGAAUUAGGCCCUUCAGACAGUUUAGAUAAAGAAAAUUCAGUGUGAAGUGCUGCUUUUAUUAGAUGCAGUUGCAACAUUUAGUAUUUUUUAGGAUACUGAAGAAAAUGUUGAUUGAUCUGUACACGUCUGUGACAGCUCAGCCUGCUGUGAAGUGAACAAAAUAUGCAUCAUUGUUUUGGUGCAUUGUUUAGAAUAACUCUUGUAUUCUGUGACUUGAUUAUGAAACAUGUACACAUUAUUGUAUUAAACAAAGUGAUAUAUUUCACACAAAUAUGGAACAAAGUUUUCCAAUGACAUCAUAAAGUGAAGCUUUUUUAUGAAUAAAUAUAUGUAAAUCCACUUGUUACUUUAAUUUGUAUGAUCGGUUUUAAUGUGUGGUGCAUUAUUCCCUUCAAGAUCAGUAUUAUACCUAUUCUAUGCAAAUCUGUGUCUAAUAUUUGACAAAACACAUCCUUAAUUGCAAGAAUAUUGUGUACAGUUGAAGAUUAUACUAUUGCCAAUGUUGUAUAUUCAUGCUAAGUUUAAAUUUUUUGCUCUUCAUUUCAAUUGAUAUUUCUUAAUAUGCAGGAUAUACUCGCUAUUAGUUAACAAGUACAUGUGGUAUUGGUGCAUUUAGGCUAUUUCAUAUAAGUUUAUUUUUUAUUUAGACAAUAUCCAAGCAUCUGUCAACUUUUCUUUUUAUUUAUUGCAGAUUCUUAAAUUAAGGAUUGAAAUUAAUUUUGGUUGCUUCAAUGCAACUAUGUCUGGAUUGGUCAACCUUGCGAUCCCUGCCACUUCAUGGAUAAUUUGCUUUUGUUUGUUAUAAUUACGUUCAUAAUCUCAUGAAUGCAACCAAAAAUUAAUGUAAAUUCUUAUAUAUAAACAUGUUUUUGUCAAACAUA